AUGCGUUGUUCUGUUUCCUUUGCCAGAUUGCAAUCUAGUUGUUUAAAAGUGGUCAAUGGCUCACCUGUUGCGCUACUUGGCCUUCUAUUCGGUUGGAGUUACCUAGCUUAUAAUUUUAGUUUAUGCUUUGACUUGUUUAAAGAAGGACACUCCUUGCAAGGAUUUUUGUACACAACUUUAUACCAACCUAUAUUCAUAUUAUGCAUAUGGAGUUAUUAUGUUGUCUGUAGUACCUCACCAGGCUUUACUUCAGAAUUAAAAAACACAAACACAACAGAAAACAGGCAGGAUGAAGAAGAUACAAUAGGAUUGCUAUCAUCAGCUGCAUUGACUGAUAAUGAUCAUGAAAGUGAGUCUUCAGUUGGAUUAGAGCUUCAUCAUAUGCUCCCGAAAGCUAUUACUGUCAAGCGUAAUGGGAGAAGGAGAUUUUGCCAGAAAUGCAAACUAGAUAAAUAUGACCGUACGCAUCAUUGCCGACAAUGUAAACGUUGUGUAUUGAAAAUGGAUCAGCAGUUGUGUAAAAACCGUACCACCAUCGAAUAUUAUGAAAAAUCCAACUACCGGUUAGGGAGACAUGGCAUCGACAUCAUGAGAACCAAAUACUUCAACCCUUGGGACAUAGGUACAAGAAAAAAUAUAGAACAAGUCAUGGGCAAAGGACCCCUAUGGAGGAAACUGAUACCCAUCGAAAAGAGGUACGUAGCACCAGCCCGUUGA